AUGAAUUCGUUCACGAAUUUUAUUUAUUCAUUCUUAUCAAAUAUUAGAGUUCAAUUUGCCUUAACUGCUUUUGGUGCAACGAUUGCUACAGGAUUUACUAUUUUCUCAUACCAGUCGUUUCAAAGACAAGCGCGUACAAAAGCACUUAAGAGAGAUAUUGCCUCAAAACCUUUUAAUAAACCAAAAAAUCGUAAUAUUGAGCAAGUAUCAAAUGGCGAAAACAAUGUUGAUACGUUUGAUGAAUCUCUUAUUAACGAACAACUGGCUAGAAAUAUAGCGUUUCUUGGUAAAGAGGGAGUUAAUAGAUUACGAAAAUCUUUCGUAAUUAUUGUAGGAGCUGGUGGAGUAGGCUCUUGGGCUGCUCUAAUGCUUAUUCGUUCAGGUGUUCAACAUGUUCGAAUAAUAGAUUUUGAUCAAGUGACUUUAAGUAGUUUGAAUCGACACGCGGUUGCAACACAUGCAGAUAUUGGAAGACCUAAAGUUAUCGCUUUACAAGAGAAUUUUAAAAAGUUUGCCCCUUGGACAACAAUUGAACCUGUAAUUGAACUUUUUACCAAAGAAAUAGCUCCUCGUCUCUUAAAAGGAAAUCCGGAUUUUAUUAUUGAUGCCAUUGACAAUAUUGAUACAAAAAUUGAUCUUCUCAAAUACUGUUGUGAUAAUAAGCUUCCGAUCAUAAGUUCAAUGGGGGCAGGUGCUAAAGCUGAUCCAUCACGCGUUCAAGUUAGCGAUAUUAGCCUAACUUUCGAGGAUCCUCUUGCUAGAGUUGUCAGACGUCGGCUUAAGAAAUUAGAUGUAGACUCAGGAAUCACUGUAGUAUAUUCCACUGAAAAACCAAAUGUGAAAUUGUUACCAUUAGAAGAAAGUCAAGCCCAGAAUGCAUCUGAUUAUGCGAUAUUGCCUGAUUUUAGAUCCAGGAUUCUUCCAGUCUUAGGUGCUAUUCCUGCAAUUUUUGGAAUGUCUAUUGCUACUUAUAUCAUAACUUCUAUUGCUGGAUAUCACAUUGAACCAUUGGCCAAUAAGAAUCGAGAGCCUUUGUAUGUUAGAAUGCAUCGUGACUUAUUGAAUAGAGAGAGAAGAAUUUAUAAUACGACAUCUAUACCAUUAGAUGCACGCGAAGUUGGAUACAUAUUUGAUGAAAUCUGGCGUAGUAAAAGUGGAAUUUCAGGUUCAAGUGAAAAACCAACUCUUAUUCGAUGGAAAAAAGAUCUUCCAUUGAGUAAUCAAAACUGUGUUGUUAUGACAAAAGCCGAAGCAGAAAUUCAUGAGAAACUUACAGAGGAUCCUGAAAAUUAUUAUUCAUCAGAAAUAGUAAAAUUGGUAAAAAAUCGAUUUCAAGAAGAAAAGGAGAUUUCCAUCUAUCGCUAA